CUGCUGCCGGUGCUGCUGCCGCUGCCGUUCAGGCCAUCUGCUCGCGGACAGCUUGGCUAGCGGCGCCUCUUCUUCCCAAAGAUGGUCAAAGAAAGGGUCGCGCCGGGUGCUGCUGCCUGAGGAAAGCGCCGCCGCCUUUGCUUUCCCCCAGAAGAUCCGCGGCCAAUACUUCUGACCCGCGCACACUCGCGGAGGAAUUGCAACCGGUCGCCCGGGGGCGCAGCAGCCGCCGGCGCGCAGCGAGCCCAUUUUUUUGCAGGUCCCCCUCGGUCAGAAGAGAGGACGAGGCAGCAGCAAGUCACGCGAACCGGCGGGGUCUCUCCUCCAGCAACCCCAAUAAUGACAGGGCGCCCCCCCUCCAUGCGCGCACAAGGGCCAUCCUGAGGGGAGCGCGCGCUCCACGCGCAGCAGCCUGAGGCGAUAGACGCGCGCGGCGGGGGGGGGGGCGCCUUUUGUCUCGCGCUUUUUCCCUUAAUUUCGGGAAGCGGGCGCGCGCCUCUCCUCCGGCCGAGCUCCUCCGCGCUCCCGCCGCCGCCUAGGUUGCGCGUGGAGAGCAGUGAUGGCACUGACUGAGCAGGAGGAAUAUACCUAUAUAUACAGAGACAGCUCUCAUCCUGUGGAGUUCUUGGAUGCAUUCAGAACAUUCUACCUUGAAGGUGUAUUCACUGAUAUUGCCCUUCAAUGUGCAUCAGGCGUGGUUUUCCAUUGCCAUAAAGCUGUGCUAGCUGCUUGCAGCAACUAUUUCAAGGCCAUGUUCACCUCUGACAUGAAAGAAAGGUCUAAGAACCAGGUCAAACUUUCUGGGCUCAGUCCCACAAUACUGGAAUCCCUGGUGAUUUACGCUUACACAUCAGAGAUUCAAAUAACAAAGAGAAAUGUCCAAAGCCUGCUCCAAGCAGCAGACCUCCUUCAGUUUGCCCCGGUGAAAAAAGCCUGUGAGCGGUUUCUGAUACGGCACUUGGAUGUCGACAACUGCCUAGGAAUGCACUCCUUUGCAGAACACCACGUCUGCUCAGAGCUGGAGAAGGAAUCUAGAAGGAUAUUGUUAUCGAGAUUUGAUGAGGUGUGGGCGCAGGAAGAAUUUCUGGAAAUCAGCAGCAAGAAGCUCCAGUUUAUUCUCUCCAGAAAGAACCUCGGCCUUUGGAAAGAGGGGGCAGCCGUGGAACCCAUUGUUAAGUGGAUAGCCUACGACGUGGAAAAGAGAAUAGAGUGCAUUUAUGAUCUGCUGAGCUGCCUCGAAGCAGAUUUAGAUGAAAUGUAUCUGAGGUCAGCUUUAAGCUUGCACAAGAAAAGCCGGCUGAAUGAAAACAAGAUCCGGUCUCUAAUACACAACGCGCUGCGCCCCAACCCAAAAGCAGUUCCUACGAAGUCUACGGCUGUUAUGUACGUGAUUGGCGGGUACUACUGGCAUCCUUUAUCUGAGGUGCAUGCAUGGGAUCCAGUCGCCAAUGUCUGGAUCCAGGGAGCUGACAUGCCGGACCACGCGAGGGAAAGUUAUGCAGUUGCUAGUCUGGGGCCCAACAUUUAUGUGACAGGCGGCUAUAGAACAGACAAUAUAGAAUCCCUCGAUGUCAUGUGGAUAUACAACUGUGAAGCCGAUGAAUGGGUUGAAGGCUGUCCAAUGCUUAACGCAAGGUACUACCACUGCGCAGUUACCUUGAGCGGCUGCAUCUACGCUUUAGGGGGUUACAGAAAAGGGGCUCCAGCUGAAGAAGCAGAAUUUCUAUGACCCUUUAAAAAAGAUUGGGUCCCUAUUGCAAACAUGAUUAAAGGGGUUGGGAAUGCCACAGCCUGUGUCUUGAACGAAGUUAUCUAUGUCACUGGAGGUCACUACGGUUAUCGGGGAAGCUGCACUUACGACAAAGUUCAAAGUUACCACUCUAAUAUUAAUGAAUGGAAUGUCAUCACCACCAGUCCGUAUCCAGAAUAUGGGCUGUGUUCCAUUGCUCUGGAGAACAAGCUGUACCUUGUGGGUGGACAAUCGACGGUGACGGAUUGCUAUGACCCAGAGCAGAAUGUGUGGAAACAGAAGGCUGAUAUGAUAGAAAGAAGGAUGGAGUGCGGCGCUGUCGUCAUGAAUGGAUGCAUCUAUGUGACGGGAGGCUAUUCCUCUUCCAAAGGGUCGUAUUUGCAGAACAUUGAGAAGUAUGAUCCUGAAUGUGAUACAUGGGAAAUUGUGGGGGAUCUCCCCAGUUCUAUGCGCUCACAUGGCUGUGUCUCCCUGUACAGUGUGCUAGAGGUUGAAAAUGCCACUUACGGGACAAGGAACUAAUAAUAUAAGGGAGCCCAAAACUAGAGGAAGGUGACCCACCACCUAAUGAUGGGACUUAGCCUAUGGUAUUCAGUCACUAUGGAACACUACUCCGUUUGGCUUUUAUUGACACUAAGCCUAGUGCAUCAACUCCAGUUAAGCUCCAACAUUGUUGAUACAAGGGCUACCACUUCUUUUGUUACUACUGUUCUCCGCCCUACAAGCAAUGUGAAUGUUUGGUUGCUGCCAGAUCUGAUUAACUGUUGGGGGGUUAGGGCAGGCAUAGGCAAACUCCAGCCCUCCAGGUGUUUGGGACUACAAUUCCCAUCAUCCCUAGCUAACAGUUGUAGUCCCAAACAUCUGGAGGGCCAGAGUUUGCCUAUGCCUGGGUUAGGGUUUUAUAUUUCUAAAGGGAGGACAAACAUUGGUUUUUGUAUGUGUGUGAACCAAGUUAUUUUUUGCACAAUAUAAGGUAUUAAAGCCCAUGUUAAACAGGGAUGAGGAGGAGUCUGUGACUUUCCAUAUAUUGCUAAACUCCAAGUCUCAUCCGUCCCAACCAGUGUGACUAAUGGUCAUGGGUUCUCCAUCUCCGGUAUAACAUCUCCAUUUUAUCUCAGGAUCAUAGCAAGCUGCAGACUUGGGCUUCUCAUAAUACCCAGCACACCCCCCCCCCCUUUUCCACUCUGCCCUUGACAUUUGGAAAGUUGUUUGGCUUUACAUACAAGCUCUGUAAGGGUUAGGGUGAACUCAGCAGGUUGGUCACUAUUUUGUGAUAUUUUUAAUCGGCCCUGAAAUAGUUAUUGUGCUACUGUUGCUUUUGGAUUUUUAUCCGAGAGACCGACACCACUGCCUACAAUUUAUUUCUAAUCAAUAGGUGGCAUCUACGCUAUAGGUUGACCUCCUUUAUUAAAUUUAUGGUACUACUGUGUUGCCGUUGUGUAUGAAUGGUACAAUAUCUGUCAAAAUAAAAUAUAGGAGGGGUGUGUGGAAAUGAGCACAACUCCCUAAUUUUAGGGUCAUACGAGGUUAGGCAGUGGUACUUUCUUGGAUCUGACUGGGCAGAAGACCCCACUUUUUGUACAUUACCUAACUCGCUACGCUAUAAAUUUGAACAAUGUGCUUUUCAAAUGCAUUUUGGACUAGAAAUGUAUCGUUUAGCUUUCAUAGUUGUAAAACUACUUUUGCAUAUCGCGUUUGUGUUUCAGAAUGACGACCUAAAAAUGACUUUUUGAAAAUGUAAACAAUUGAAUUGGUGGUCUAGGCCACUGACGAUAACCAGCUGCUUAUAAAACAUUGCCUCCUUUUCUUGGCUUACAUAGCACCAAAUGCUAAGCCAAACUAUGCCUUACCGUGAACAAGCAAGUGUGCAACUAGAAAGUCAUGGCCACUUCACUCCUACCCUGGUCCUGCAGCUACCAUGCUACAGACACCUAUACCAUGGUUUGACUUAGCAUUACAUGUAAACCUGAGUUCAUGGUUUGUCUUCCCUGAUAAGUCAAGCACAAACCUUGGUGACAGCUCAUUGCGGAGCUUUGAGCAAGACAAAGCAUGUGCCCAGGUUGGCACAUAAUGUUAAUGGAUUGGUUCCUGGCAGCAUGGCAACCACGGGAAUGGAGAGGGUGAGGAGCAAAGCAGUCACAAGAACUUUAAGAAUUACUAUUUGGAUUUUAGUUCAGAAGUACCAGCACUGUAAUAUCACUUCAGUCCUUUUCUUAUUUCCAAAAAAGUUGCUUCACCAGCACAAUGAUAGCAAGUACUAAGAAAAGGAACCCACCUGUAACAGUUUCAGGAUGACAAUGCAGGAGACAUCCGCAUAAAUGUUUACAAACUGCGAGUGCCACUGUUCCGGUCACGACUUCAGAGUUAUUACUAUACCUGGAACAUUAUUAUUUAUGGAAGCGGAAAAGGAUUAGAAUGUAGAGCUUUCAGGUUCUCGUUACAAUUGUAUUUAUUGUUGUUGUUUAUAUUUAAUUUAUAUUUAAUUCACAUUAAGUAUGUUGUGCAUUUGUAAAAUGUGAUUUACUUUCAGGAGUAAACAAAACGCUGCACUGUUUUCUAAAUUAUAAGGAAUACACUACGUGAAACCCUU